CAUGGUUCAUGCCAAUCGAGUCACACCAUUUGUGGAGCAGCUAGAAAUAUUCAGUAGCAAUUAACGUGAAUGGCAAGAGCAGCUCCGGCCACCGCUCGAGUGUUAUUAGCGGCGAGUUUUUCCGGCAUGGUUUUCGGGUUCCUCGAAGACGGCCACGAGUUUCCGGAAAGUUACGGCAGCAGCGACGGAAGCCAAGAAAAUGACGCCUUUUUGUUAGAUGAAGAAGAGGAAGCCGGAGAUCAGGAGGAGGAGGACAAGAGGUUUUGGGAAAAACAGCACCAACUUUUACAAGCUACCUUAUACAGGACUAGUUCUCUAGAGACGAGGAUUAGAAGUUUGACAAGGGAGGCGGUGAAGGAGAUACAGCGGUCAGAGACGGAGUGUGGUUGCCGGAAACCGAUGGCGAGCGGUUGCCGGAGCUGCCUCAUGAGAGAAGUUUCCGGCAGACUUAGCAAUGCUGGUUACAACAGUGCCAUGUGCAAGUCUAAGUGGAGGAGUUCACCGGACAUUCCUUCAGGAGAGCACUCAUUUUUGGAUGUGGUGAACAAUUCAAGUCUAAAGAAGGGGGAGGUGAGGGUGAUCAUAGAGCUGAACUUCAGAGACGAAUUCGAGAUGGCUCGAGCGAGCGACGAAUACAACGAUCUGGUUCAAAAACUCCCUGAAGUUUUUGUCGGCAAAGUUGAGAGACUGCAAAGCCUGAUAAAAAUUUUAUGUUCUGCCGCCAAGAAAUGCAUGCAGGAAAAGAAAAUGCACAUGGGGCCAUGGAGGAAGCAGAAGUACAUGCAAGCAAAGUGGCUCGGCCCCUGCAAAAGAACAACAUCGACGCCACUUCUGGCCGUGGGAGACUCCGCCAGGCUGCGACCGAAGCCUAAGGAGUCGAUGCUGACCGUAGAUUUGCUAGAGAUGAUGCAUAACAGGCAUUGCAUGACAGCAGUUCAAGUUGUGUGAUUUUAAGCAAGUUUUUGUUCGUGUUCUUGCUUUGAUACUAAGAAUAAUUUCCUACUUAAUUUGCAAGUUAGGGUAUGUGUAUAUAUGUAAACGAGAAAAAUCAUCUAAUUAGUAUUGGUUAUGAAAUAACAAACCAUUAAGUUUCAAGAGAAA